AUGGCAGUCACUCAAGCCAUGCCCAACCCCGCUGUUCAGGCCCGAGUUGGCCAAGUGCUGCCUCUCAUUAGAGUCCAGCAUGUGGAUAACAAUCCGGCUGUCAAUUACUUUGCAACCCCGGUGCUUGUAAGCGAUACCGGCGCUGUGGUUGAUGCCCUCCAGGCAACCAGAGCUGUAACGGGCAGGCCAAUCAACGGGGGCUUCAUCCAAUACACCUUUACCGAUCUGGUCAUCUUAGCCCCCGGCACCUACUACCUUCGCGCAGAUGUGUACGAGUUGAUUGGGGGCGCCGGUCUUGUGGCACAGAUCAACUCGAUCCCAAUUGUGGUGACCAACUAG